AAGCCACCCAGUGUCCUCUAAGAAGAACCCAUUACUGCAACCCAUUUCUUAUUUAAAAACAAAGAUUUAUAAAUAUAAACAUAGUAAAUAUAAAUAAAUAUAACAAAUAUAAAUAUAUAUAUUAUUAUUGCUGCAGUUACUGUUUUCCUCCUAGAUGAGACAGAUUAGGUCUGAAUUUGCCCCUCCCCCACACCACUCCUCCCCACCUCAGUGUCCUCAGGAAAUCUCAGCUGGCUCUAAAUCCUUAAAACAUUCUGAAGCUCCUCCACUCACUCUUAUCUGGGACAACACAAAGGCCUGUUAUGUAAACUCAUUUUUGCAGAUCACUAGACACACAGGCCUCAGGUCCGGCACAGGGGUCAGCCUUGUGGAACUGUACCCCUCUAUUCACCUCUCUCUCAGGCUCGCUGUCUGCUCUCUGGAGAUGCUGCCAGAUCUCUCCUUCAGAGAGCUGCAGAUUUGGGACACAGCCGGCCAGGAGCGGUUCCGCACCAUCACCCAGAGCUACUACCGCAGUGCCAACGGGGCCAUCCUCGCCUAUGACAUCACCAAGAGGAGCUCCUUCCUGUCAGUGCCUCACUGGAUCGGGGAUGUGAGGAAGUAUGCAGGCUCCAAUAUUGUGCAGCUGCUGAUCGGGAAUAAGUCAGACCUCAGCGAGCUUCGGGAGGUCCCCCACGCUGAGGCACAGAGACUGGCCGAGCAUUAUGACAUUCUGUGUGCCAUUGAGACGUCUGCCAAGGACUCAAGCAAUGUGGAGGAGGCCUUCCUGAGGGUGGCCACGGAACUCAUCAUGCGGCAUGGAGGCCCUCUGUUCAGCGAGAAGAGCCCCGACCACAUCCAGCUGAACAGCAAGGACAUCGGAGAAGGCUGGGGCUGUGGGUGCUGACCGGUGGCUGGGCCGGCAGGCUGGGAGCUCCCCACCUCCUUGCUCUCCCUGGCCUGCCAAGCCCAGCCCUCCAGAGCCAGCCCUCCCAGGCACCGGUGACUAGAGCAGCUGGGUAAAACCCUGGAGCUCUGCAUCCUAUGGUCUGGCUGUGGGAUGGAGGCUCUCCUUGAGGAAGGGGAAGCAGGGUACCCUCGAGGGCCACCCUGCCAUCCAGCAGCUGGCCCUCUGCGAUCUUUACAUUCCAAGCCUGGCCUGAGCCCACCGGUGUGUGCCACAGUAGGAGGGGCCAGUGGUCCUCCCUGUCCCACGCCUGCUGGCUCUGUUUCCUCUCUUGGGUUUGCUUAACCUAUGGCAACAGGUUGUUGUUUUCCAGGGAUGUGGCUGGUGCCCUGGGUUCUUCCAGGCCAUCCUGGGGUUCCACAUGUAGCAGCAGUAUAAGAAUCAUGAGACCCACAGACUUGGUGUCUGAGUGCAGCUCCAGGGAAGCCCUAGCCCCUUCCAGGCAGGGAACCUGCUUCUUGCCUUCACUGCCUGUGCAGCACUCACAGACACCUCCCUGGGGCCUGGCUGGCUGCCUUAUCAGGACCUCUGAGUUUUCUG